AUGAUCCAGCAUCUCUACAGACCCGCGUUCCCCCUGGUACGCAGAAGGAUAAUACGCUGCCGGAAUCUCUACGCCCCACUUGGUAAAGAUCUAUCCUAUGUCGAUGUAGGAACUGAGGCGCUGGAGGAAUGGAGGCUUUGCGAACCAUCUGAAAGCCGUUGGGGCUUUGGUUUCCACAACUCGUGCUGGAGACUGCUUCUCCUCAGACUGGGUCAUGGACAGGAUGAAAAUUUCCAGAAUGAGACGGCCAUUGCAGAGUCUGUCUUUUACCAGCUCUAUUGCACUCCUUUUUUCGAAGCCUCCAGUUUCGGAUUUGGCCACGACUACGAGGGCGCUGCGCAAAAACACAAAUAUUUCGGGCGGCCUAAGCCAGUGGAUCUGAGCUCACAAUUUUACGCUGACCCCUGUGUGAUUACUUCCAUGGACUACUUGAAUGCAACUAACUUUGGUUUCUGCAAGAAACCUGACAGUUCACUCCGGAAAGUGCAAGAUGGUGAUCGCCUGACGACUGCGACUGUGGUGGGAAUUGACUACCACAAUGGAAGAGGAAGCUGUGCCUCUAGUCCCUCUGGGCUCAAUGAUGACCGGCAUCUAAUUCCAUUUCCUGAUAAUAUGAGAGAAGAAACAUGCAAAAAACUGGAAAGACCCAAGCACUUUUUCUUCGAUGCACUCUCGCCUGAGCUGAAAUAUGAGAUAUUUUCAUACUUAUCUUUUGAUGAGCUACUGAAUAUGAGACUAGUAUGUCAAAAUCUAGCUCUACUUAUGACCGUCGAUAAACUCCCACAGUCCUAUUGGCGAAGUAGGUUUCUCCUUGGUCAGGAGGCUGAUUUUCUUUUCCCGAGACUUACAGAUAAGUGGGAUUUGUCUAAGCUUUUUUUGGACCAGGACAUCUCUAAGUGCUAG